UUCUGUGCCAAUGACCCUGAAGUGUUUGUCCAAGCAGCAUUGUUGGCUCAGGACUAUUGCGAUGCCAUAGACCUAAAUUUGGGUUGCCCCCAAAUGAUUGCAAAGAGAGGUCACUACGGAGCAUUUCUGCAAGAGGAGUGGGAUCUUCUUCAGAGAAUGAUUUUACUGGCUAACGAGAAGCUCUCUGUUCCCAUCACAUGCAAAAUCCGCGUUUUCCCAGAAAUUGACAAGACAGUGAAGUAUGCACAGAUGCUGGAGAAAGCUGGCUGCCAGCUGCUGACUGUGCACGGCCGUACCAAAGAACAGAAAGGACCACUUGCUGGCGUGGCAUCUUGGGAGCACAUUCAAGCUGUCAGAAAAGCUGUAAGCAUUCCUGUGUUUGCAAAUGGAAACAUCCAGUGUCUCAGUGAUGUGGAAGAAUGUAUCCGUAAGACAGGAGUGCAUGGUGUCAUGAGUGCAGAAGGUAAUCUUCAUAACCCAGCUUUGUUUGAGGGUCGAAACCCAUUGGUGUGGGAGAUGGCAGAGGAGUAUCUGGAGAUAGUGCGGAAGUACCCUUGUCCAUUGUCUUAUGUUAGGGCUCAUCUCUUCAAGCUCUGGCAUCACACGCUUCAAGUUUACCAGCAGCUGCGUGAAGAAUUAGCAAAAGUGAAGACUCUAGAGGGCAUUGUAGAUGUCAACAGGGAGCUGAAACUACGAUGCCAGGAAGAAAUAGCUAAUCAGAGAGAAGGAGAAAAGCCAAAAGAAGGGUUGCCUUUUUUCCACUGGAUCUGUCAGCCAUACAUCAGGCCAGGGCCAAAGGAGAGAUGCAAGGAGAAUGGAGCCAGUGGGACUGAAAAAGGUGUGCGAGGGAAACGUGCUCUGGAGGAGGAGGAAGAUGGAAAUUCUGAGCUUCUGUCAAAGAAUAAACAAAAAAAGAAGUUAAGAAAUCCAAAUAAAAGCUUUGAUCCAUCUUUAAAACCCAAAUAUGCAAAAUGUGAUCAAUGUGGAAACCCUAAGGGCAAUAAAUGUGUGUUUAACAUGUGCCGAGGAUGCUGUAAGAAAAGAGCAUUCAAAGAGACAGCAGACUGUCCAGGUCAUGGAUUACUUUUUAAGACCAAAUAUGAAAAAUCCCUUUCAUGGCAGAGUAGUCAAAGAGUAAUUCAAAACCCAGAGAUCAGUCGGAAAGAUGUAGAUGUGGGGGAGACUGCUGUACUGAAGGAGGCUGGUGACAGUGCGUGCAGUGUGAAGCUUUGGAAGUGAAUAGUUAAAGAGCUCCUGCCAGGCCUUUGCUUCCCUGGGCCAAAGAACAUGCCAUCUCCAGCUCACGAACAACUGUGUGAACUUGUUCCACAGGUUUAUUUUAAGUUCUGGAAAAGUUCUAUUUAAAGUAAAAAGCUGCUUACUCAGGGAAUUAUCCUGCAUUUGAAAUAAAAAGGAUGCA